GCGCUUGAUUGUCCCCUCUCCGGUAGACAAUCCGAAUCUUCGUCCACGCCCGACCCGGCUAUCAUUGCUUCUCCUGGCCCAGGUUUUAGUCAGGAACCGCGCAUGCAAGGGUUGUCCGCGUCCCUGAUCCUGAAUAUCCUGAGGCAGCGGACCACUUUGGCUGCAGCAGGAGAGUCAGGCAAGGAUGGUGAGGACGUACUCUGUCGCGCUGGCCUGGUGGCGCACGUGUCAUGCAGCGUUGCUUUUCCUGCAAUUCAAUUCUCCUCUUCGGGGUGGAUCAUGGUCCGUCCACUCCGGAGGUUGAGUGAUCGAUGGCAUUUCAGUGGCUUCGUUCAAGACAAACCCCCAGGGUCGGCUCCACCCGUUUCGAGCAUGCCAUCCCGUGUGGUCAAUAUACCCUGUCCGGUCCCUGGCCGGUAUAUUUGAUAUCCUUUGCCUCCUGUCGGCUGUUUGUUACUUCCCCUGGCUGAUUUUUCUUCAUCUCGCUCGUCAUCUCACGUUCUUUCACUCCUUCCUCGUUCUGCGUCGUGACUUGAUG